AUGACUGACUCUGAUGGCUACACCGAAACUUAUUAUGAGGACUAUAGUAAUUGUUCUGGUUGUGAGGAUGAGGAGCUUUGUGACAUGAAUUGGAUCCAUCAACAAGAAGUGACCAUUCAAUCGUACAUCUACUCUCUGAUAUGUGCACUCGGUUUGGUGGGCAACAUUUUGGUGCUCCUCACAUAUGCAUUCUACAAGAAAGUGAAAAGCAUGACGGAUGUCUACCUGGUCAACUUGGCAUUGGCUGACCUUCUCUUCGUUAUCGCCCUUCCAUUGAUCAUCUACAAUGAACAGCAUGACUGGUACAUGGGCACAUGGGCCUGCAAGUUCUUGAGAGGAGCCUACAGCAUCAACCUGUACAGCAGUACGCUCCUUUUAGCAUGCAUCAGCGGCGAUCGCUAUAUCGCCAUCGUCCAGGCCAAGCGUUCGAUCCAAAUUCGAUCGCAAGCUCUGGUGUGUAGUUGUCUCAUUUGCUCACUAAUAUGGCUUCUUGCUUUUAUCUUGUCUCUGCCAACAUUCAUAUAUUACGAGCAGUACCGGGAAAACAAUGUCAGUGAAUGCAUCCUUAAUUUUGAGAGAAACAAUACGGCUAAACUGAUGAAGGUCCUGGUUCCAAGCAUGCAAAUGGCGGUAGGGUUUCUGUUACCAUUGGUGGUCAUGAUAUUCUGCUACUCUUGCAUCAUGGCGACUCUGCUCAAAGCAAGGAACUUCCAGAAGCACAAAGCAGUGUGGGUGGUCCUCAUGGUGGUCUUCGUGUUUGUCUUUUGCCAUCUGCCAUACAACGUGGCGCUCCUCGUCCACACCAGUAAAUUGUUCACGCACAGAGAUUGCAAGGUAGAGCAAGACACCCUUUUGACUUUGUCUAUCAGCAGGUGUGUGGCCUACCUUCACUGCUGCCUGAACCCCAUCCUCUACGCCUUCAUCGGGGUGAAAUUCAGGAGCCAUUUUUGUCAAAUAUUGCAGGACUUGUGGUUUCUGAGAAAAAAGUACAAUUACUCUGGACGCUCCUCUCAGCAGACCUCUGUGUUGUACAUAUCAGCAAACAAAACCAUGGUUGGAUACAAUCAGGAAAACCCAUCGUUUACAGACAUUUUACAUUCACAACAAGCUUAA